CACUUAUUUAAGUGACCUUGCUUAACGUAUAUAAAUAUUGGAAAAUUUACAGAUUAGAUAUUAUAGCUGAAAUUGCCAACAUUUUACAGUCAACAUGAUCGCAAAGAUAUCCGUCUUCAUUGCUGUUUUUGCAGCAGCUAGUGCCAACAUCCUCCUCGCUGGACAUGGACACUUGGUCAAUACUGGAAUUAGUGCACGAAAACAAGUCCAAGAUGGACAUGGAAAUUAUGCAUUUGCAUAUGACAUCAAGGACGGCAAAGGAGCCACCAACUCCAGAUCUGAAGUAGGAGAUGCUCAUGGAAACAAGAAAGGAUCAUACACUCUCGCUGAUAUCGAUGGACGAGCAAGAAAGGUUGAAUACGUUGCUGAUGGACAUGGAUUCAGAGCUGUUGUCAAGACCAACGAACCUGGUACCGCUGCUAGCGCUCCAGCUGCUGCUAUCAUCGCCAGUCCAUACGCUGCCCCAGCUGAUAUUGCAAUUGGACAUGCUGCUCCAGUAGCAUCUGUCCUUGGAUAUGGAAUGGGUGUUCCCAUGGUAGCUGCUGCUCCAAUUGCUUAUGGAGGAAUGAUUGGACAUGCUGGACUUGGAUGUGCUGGUUUGGGUUGUGGAAUGGGAAAAGGUCUUGGAUAUGGUAUUGGUGGACUUUGGUGAACUAAUAAUUGGAACAAAUGAUAGCCUUCAGUAUUUAUCAGGAUGCAAAAAUAUUGAACAGCUUUCAGUUUGUAAAGAUUGUCUUCGCAUUUUAAAAUGUGCUUUGUUUUUAAUGGAUCUUCUGUUUAUUGCAUCGUCUUCUGUAUGGAAAUAAUGCUUUAAUAAGUGGGAUACUAUUCAUUCAUGUAAUGCGCAAAUGUUUCGGUCUUGUUAUUUAUUUAUUUGUUAUAUGCAGCAAAUUUUGUAAAUAAAUGACGAUUGAAUUA